ACACACAGGUCUGCUGAAAUUGCAAGUGUCUUCUGUUUUUUCUUUGAAAAGUUUUUAGGCAAUUCUCUGUAUCUCACCGUGGAAUCAAACUCCCGCGUGCGAUCCCUGUACUUGCAGAGCUGAAUUCAGACGACUGAAUGGGUAUUCUGUCGGCGACCGGAGGUAGCUCCGUGGAGAGAGCUAGGAAUUCCGUCGUGAUUGCUUCUCCUAAUGAGGAGGCGAAGAGAUUGAGGGCUGAAAAAUCCUCCCAAGAAGGAAUUCGUGCUGGUUUUAAGGCAGCUGCCAUUGGAGCUGUGGCCAGUGCUGUGCCCACUUUGAUUGCAGUUCGUAAGAUUCCUUGGGCAAAGGCAAACCUCAACUAUACUGCUCAAGCACUUAUCAUAAGUGGAGCAUCAAUUGCUUCAUUCUUCAUCACCGUUGAUAAAGCCAUCUUGACAAGUGCAAGGAAACAAAGUCAGGCCGAGUAUGAGAAAAGAGCCUGAAUUCCAGAUCGGUGCAACUUCAAGCCGCCAUGCUUUAACAGUUGAUUAAUGCUAUUGCAUGACACGGUGUUGUGCAAUUUCUCGAGCCUCUGAAUGAGUUGAUUCCUUUUUUGAACAAGGGAAGGUUUCCCUUUGUAUAAGUUGAAGUAGACAUGUUAUAAAGGGUGGUUAUUGCCAUUCUUGUGUUCUUCAAUAAGAACUCUAUCUGACCAUAUUUUAUCAGUCUAGCGGAUGUUUCCCAUUUCCUUUUUUGGUUUUAAAAACAUAGUGAUUAAUGUUGUUGAUGCGCUUUUAAGGAGCUGCUUUUGCCUCUUGGUAUGUCUUAUGUACAAACAGGAGACUGAAUACAGGCAGAAGGAUACCAUAAAAGGAAAACACUGGC